AUGCCGACUUCGGGCUACAGCUUCAUGCGCGACCGCCUGCCGCACCUGACGCUGGCAUGGUACACGUUCCCCAUGUCGACGGGCGGCCUGGCGCUGGUGCUCAUGAACAACGUCAUGGACCUCACCGAGCUGCGUUACAUGGGCCGCGUCCUCUACUUUUGCAACCUCGGCCUGGUGCUCGCCCUCACCGCCGCCCAGGCCUUCCGCUUCGCCUCGGGCGCCGCCAGCCUGCUCGCCGUGCUGCGCCACCCGCUCGAGGCCGUCUUUGUCGGCCCGGCGCUGCUGGCCUUCGCCACCCUCAUCAACGGCGCAGCCACCCUCGUGGGACCCGAUCCCGAUCCCGCCCAGUCGACCAUGAUGCGCGCCUUCUUCUGGACCUACACCGGCAUCGCCUUUUGCCAGAGCUUCCUCUCGUACUGCUUUCUCUGGAACGAGGGCAAGCAGAAGCUGUCCUCGAUGAUGCCCGGCUGGGUGCUACCCAUCUUCCCGUCGAUGCUCGUCGGCACCGUGGCCAACGCCGUCGUCCCCACGCAACCCUCAGCCAGGGCCUACGAGAUCGCAAUCGCCGGAGCCACCUUCCAGGGCCUCGGCUUCGCCUUUAGCUGCUUCAUGUACGCCAUCCUCUUCAAGCGCCUCAUGACCGUCGGGCUGCCCCACGUCAACCACCGUCCGGGCCUCUUCAUGUGCGCGGGCCCGCCGUCAUUUACCGCGCUCGCCAUCAUCGGCUUGGCCCGCGAAUCCUACCGCUACCUGCCCGAGGCGGGCCUCUUCAGCCUUCCGCGCGACCAGAUCGCCUCGACGCUCGUCAUCCUCGCCGUCGUCAGCUCCAUCUUCCUUUGGCUCUGGGCCGCCUGGUUCUUCUGCUUCGCCCUCGUCAGCAUCGUCAUUGGCACCAUCCAGGAACCGAGGCACAUGACGUUCGUGCUGGCCUGGUGGGCCUUCAUCUUCCCCAACGUCGGCUUCACCAUCGCCACCAAGGCCCUCGCCGAAGUCCUCGAGUCGGAGCCGAUCCGCAACGUGGCAACGACGCUCACCGUCUUCCUGAUGGUCGCGUGGCCCCUGGUGCUCGUCUUCCACCUCGAGGGCGUCUUCUCGCGCAAGAUCAUGUGGCACGGCAAGGACGAGGAUCGCGACCUCGAUGCACCCCACGGCACCGAUACCCACCACCAGAACCACAACCACAGCCUGGCCGACGCCCUGCCGCCACUCGAGGUCGUCAAGUCGCACGACAACGAGAAGCCCCGCCGCGUCAAGACCUCGGAGCCAAACAGCCCGACGUGCGGCUGGACCUCCCGGAGCAUCGAGAUUGGCCGUAAGGCGUCGUCCAGAGGUUCCGGAUGCUGCGGCUCCUGCGAGGACGGGUACGAAGGCGAGGAAAUGGGCCACGGUGGCGCUCGUCGCAUCUCCCUGCGACACCGCCACGCCAACAGCAUGCACCACGAACCCGCCUGGCCAAGCCACCCACCCUCAUCGAGCUACCAUGCACCCUCGGGCCCUCCGAGGAAGGGCUCCUGCCGACACUACCCCGACAACACCUUCCAGCUCCGGGAGCGAACCCCCUCCCGGACUGGCGUCGAUGGAGGUCUCGUAGGUCCAAAGCAUCGGCCGAUGCCAACGCGAAGCAAGACCCUCAUGGCCGACAGCAAACAGAACCCAGCGCGGCUCGACGAGGACCCCUUCCUCUUGUCGCAGGACUACACGUCCGGCGAGGCGACGGCGGUCGGCACGCCCGACGGCAGUCCCGAAUCCAGGAGCACGCAACUCUCUCCGGAGACGGGGGCCCAGGACGUGCCCUACUACGAGGAGAUUGACCUCACCGCCCUCCCCGAACCACAGAGCAAGCCAAAAACGAGGCAUGCCGCCGCCGCCACCGGCCCCCACUACCACCCGCGGUAG